AUGAACUUUAGCGACACCAUCGACGUCGCACACGGAACUCUGACUUCACAAGUACAAAUUGCAGACAUAUCAUUCCUGCUCCUGGAAGACCGUGGUUUUCCGGUCAGUAUAUGGUUCGAUCUAAGGCCUCAGCCUGGUAAAACGGUGUAUUUCUAUCAGCAGAUAGCAUCCAGCUUUUAUCCCGCCAGCACAUUAUCCUUUACCUUCUCCCCUCCAUAUGCGGCUGUUGCUCCUGAUGCGCUGAUGGGAGGCAUUGCUGUUUAUGCAGCUGACAGAUUGGGAAAACUAGAAGCAGGCUUCAACUUCUAUGCUAAGCUCGUUCUCAGCAUAUCCUCUAUGCUGUAA